CAUCCUUAAGGAUAGAUAUACGUACAUAUACAUACAUGGGCAAAAGAUUACCAUGCCUUUAAUUAUUAAUAUCAUAUUUACAACUGCAAAUAGAGAUAACCAUGAGAAAGCUUACUUAAUUGGUGGUGCAUAAAAUGUGAUAAGAAUGUACAACAAAUUUUGUCUUAUUAAUAUAAUAUACCAUAUAAGUACAAUAUUGUUUACGCAUUUCGUUAGUGUGCAAAUGUAGAUACGUGCAAUAAAUGUCUGGCGAGACUGUUUUUUUUUUUAUUUAGAAUAAUAAAUGUCUUUUAUUAUCAGCGUUAUCAGUGUUUUUUGAAUAGCAACAUUUUUCAGAAAAUACCAUGCGUUCCUGCGUGUCCAAUAUACCUACUUUGCGUAGAGUAAAAUAUUACUUUAGCGUUAGGUGCAACAUUGUUAACAACGCGAUAGAAUUUUAUUGUUUUUUUUAAGUGUAGCAAAAAAAUAAUUAUGUCUUCAGUGGUCCAAUUCGGUCUACUGAUAAUCAUAUUAUCGGGAAGUGUGAAAAGUGCGAAUAUUUUAGGAUUUUUCCCUAUCGCUGCGGUCAGUCACCAAAAAUUUUUCCAACCCAUUUGGAGGGAACUGUCUUUGCGCGGACACAACGUGACCGUUUACACCCCAAACCCAUUACAAAAUUCGUCUUUAGUUAAUUUAACGGAAAUAGAUCUUAGCGAUUUAUACGAUUACAUGGGCAAAGGUCAGAUAAAGGAAGUGAUGCGUGGAUCAACUUCGCCUUAUCAGGCAUUCCACGUAAUUUACGAAACAUUAGUGAUGCCGCUGCUUGAGGUGUUCGAAAAUCAUGUCGAAAUUCAAAAAUUUUUACGCGACAACACAUCUCAAUACGAUGUGGUUCUAGUGGAACCAUUUCCUCUAGUUUUCCUUGCCCUAGGAAGCAAAUUUAAUUGCCCGGUGAUAUCGGUCGUUUCUUUAAAUCCAUUCACACCCAUACACGAAUCGGUAGGAAACGUAAUCCAUCCAGUUUUUUAUCCCGAUGUCCCGUUAUCUUACGUCCACGAUCUUAACUUUUUCGAAAGACUUUAUAAUACGUUCCAAACGUUGAAGAUCAUGAUUUACCACGAAUAUAAUCUGUUAGCCCGAUGUGACGAAUACAUAAAGAAGAAUAUCGGUGAAAAUAUACCACCAAUUCGUGAAAUAAGUAGAAAUAUUAGUGCUCUAUUCCUUAGUUUGAACCCCAUAUUUAAUAUUGUUCGACCUUUAAGCCCUUUGACAAUUCCCAUGUCAUUUAUGCAUGUUCAACCUCCAAAGGAAUUGCCCCAGACAAAGCAACAAAGAACACUUAUUUCGAGGACAUUCCUCUAGAUCACUUUUUUGACGUGACAACGUCUUAUAAUUCGAUGGAGCCGGCUGCACGCACGAAAAAACUUGACUCAUGCGUCG